UAAUUAAAAAUGUACAAGCUGAGCUUGAUCAAUUUGGCUUGUUUAUUUAUAACGCCAAUGUCAAACAAUUGCAAGAUACUCAAGGGUCAGAAUAUUUUGCAUACAUGCGAAUGAAAACACAUGAAGGUGCUGUCAAUCAAGCAAAAGUAGAUGUGGCAGAAGCAAAAUAUCGCGGUGAUGUUGGUGCCAAAGAACGCGAAGGAAAAACACGUAAAGAAAAUGCCAAGAUUGAAGCAGAAACGAUCGUUAUUGAAAAUGAACGAAAAGUCUCGAUUGCACAAGCUGAAAUGGCGUUGGCUACAAAGAAAUCUGAAUUCGACCAAAAAACGAAGAUCGCAUCUAUCGAAGCUACUCAGGCGGCGAAAAUGAGGGAAGUUGAACUUCAAAAACAAGUUGAAGAACGUCGUCUCUUAUCAGAAACUGAAAGAUUACGUGUGGAACUUGUCGCCAAAGCAAAUGCCGAAUUCGAAGCAACCAAAGCGAAAGCAGAGGCAAAACUUUAUGCCGCACAAAAAGAAGCUGAAGCUGCUUUAUAUCAGAAACAAAAAGAGGCAGAAGGUGUGCUCGCAGUAUAUAACGCUCAGGCAAAAGGUAUUCAACAAUUGAUGCAAGGCUUUGGCAAUGAUCGAAGUGCAGCGUUACAAUAUAUUAUGGUAGAACGUGGCGUCUACGUGCAAUUGGCCAAAGAAAAUGCUGCUGCUAUCAAAGGAUUGAAUCCAAAGAUUACUGUAUGGAAUACUGGAGCAGAAGGAAGCUCAACCAAUGGAAUGGGUCCA